UUACCCAUUCCCAGAAAUGAUUUAAAACAGCCUCUUAUUAUUGAAUUAUGGUGACUUCUGCAUGUUUCUUUUUGGGUAAGUAAUACUGUAGUAAGUUGCUUAAUAAUUUGUUGCCUGUUAGUUGCUGAGCUAUCUUCCUUUGUUUCGGGCUUGUUUAGAGUUUAAAGAACUAACGUAUAUAGAAACCGGACGAGUUGAAACAAGGAUUACAGAAGUGCUUAAGUAGAGAUUAAUGCUAGUAAAAUAAUGUACUUAAAAUUAUAUCAAGCAUUUAAAAGUUUAUAAAGUUUAUAAAGACAAAACCAUGGCAAUCGUCUGAGUUUAGCGCGCGUUAACAAAACAUAUGCGGUGAUGUUUUCUUUAAACAAAAACUACAAAGAGUUAUAUAAAACUUUUGCUGUCCGUUUUAUUGUAUUCGUCGUUGUGUUGCUAACAGCGUCGCUUAUAUUUACGGCAAUCGAGAAAGGCAAUUAUACAGUGGCACCUUUCAGCAAAGUCGAUAUCAUCAGAAAUUUCAGUGCUAAACAUAACAUCAGCUUCGAGGAAAUUGAUGGAUUGAUCAACAUAGUCAAUAGUGAUUUAUGGCCAGAUGCUACCGAAGAUAUGACAUUUCAACAAGCGUUGGUGAUGACUAUGUCAUUAUUUUACACGAUAGGAUGGGGUCAUGUAAUUCCUGUCACAACUGGUGGACGUUUAUUCGCCGUCAUGAUAUCAUGCAUCGGGAUUCCUUUGACAUUCAUUAUGAUUCUGUCAGCUUCACGCAUCAUUGCGAAGCAUGCUUUCGAUUUUGUAUGUGUUCUGCAACGAAAAAGGCAAACAGAUUAUGAACACACUAAAGUUUCAACGAUAGCGUAUUUGGCUUUCAUGGUUGGUUUGUUUCUAUUCUUUUAUUUAAUUGGUUCGGUGUUGAUAAUGAAGAUUGAUAAAUUCUCAUAUGGCGAUGCCCUUUAUUACAGCUUCAUAACUCUGUCAACAAUCGGCUUCGGUGAUUUUUACCAAGCCGAAAUGUUUGAAAGCGAUCACCUUGGAAAACAAGUGGGCAUGACGUUGUUUAUGUUUUUCUGGGUGUUGAUUGGCUUAUCAAUUACUGCAUCACUGGUUAUCGUCAUAGCAUCAGUAAUAAAACUACCGACUUUGUCAAAAUCGAAAGUUGAAAAAAAGCCCAACAAUGAAAAUUUAAUUCAAAAUGAUGAAGAUCAAUGUUAUAUUUGAACAAGAAAACUUACAAGAGUGAAUUAUUUUUUGUCGAAACUCUACUACAUUUUACUAUCAGCUCUAAUUUUGUCAAAGUGCGUACUCGCGAACAAGGAAACUCGUGAGCUAAGCGGACAUUUCAGCCAAAUAAAAACGUGCCUGACGGCAUUCCGGCAGCUUUCCAUUAACCUUUUUGGGGUUUGUUCGAGCUGUUCUUCAAAUUGUAUGAUAUGGUGCUAUUUGAUAAUGACUUUUGAUAAAGCUUAUUAUAAAUACCAAAUAUUUGAAUAUUCUUUUAACCUUAGAUGGUUUUAUUAUGUAGAUUUGUAUUGUUACAAAAACUUUCGCAUUUGUAAUUUGUCUGGUUUCAACACAUAAUUACAAGACA